AUGCCGGAGUUGCGUCAUCGCACUUGUGUUGCUCAUGUUAACGAGAGUGCGCGAACGAGAAGACUCAGAAACUCAUUACCUUUCUACUUAAUUUUUAUUUUUAGCCGCGAGGUUCGUGAAAUUGAAGCUAAUGAAGAGAAUGAAAUUUUGGCACGCGCUGCCAAGGCUAAGGAGGAAUAUGAUGAACGACGUUUGGCCUCCAGCUUUGUUGAAUAUCUAAACGAGCAUCAGUUGUACGAGUCAUUGUGGAAAGGGGACGAAGAUGGUCAUGCGCUACUACAGAUCGGGCAGACGGCUACCGAUCUUGCUGAGGAAUACGACAAUGAUAUCUAUGGUGUGACGCAAGAAAUAUAUAAAUUUGGUUUGGAAUGUUAUGAAGAGCGUGAGUUAGAGAUAAAUGAAUUCAAGGAGAAUUUGGAAGAAGGUCAAAAUUUGAUACAAAAAAUGGGUCAAGAUGUAAUCGAAGAAUUUCUACAACAUAAGGAAAGCGUCUUCGAACGUGCAUCUGCUGUACUUAAAGCAUUGGAGAUACGAACUAUGCGCGGCGAAGAUGAAGAGUCGCCCGAGAGUUUGGACUUAUUGGAACAAUUUGAUAAGAUUUCAAUGCAAUUUGAUGAUACCAUCAAUGAAGUAUGGCAGCAGCUGAUGAGCCAGGAAUUGCAUUUACACGAGAGUGUAGAGGAAACCACAGUCAACUUUCAACGUCGCAUACAAGAAAUGAUGGCCAGAUUUGUGGAGCAAGUACAAACAUAUUUCGGACAGCUACGUGACAUUGCCAUUCACUUUUCUGAAAAUAUGACCGAAGUGGCCACACAUUACAUCAACACGAAGUUAGCACUGCAAGAUUUCGAAGAUGUGCCACCUGAAUUGUCGCAUUACAUGGAAGAUCGUGAAGCUGUCCUUAAUUUGAUCGCUGGCAUGAAGGAUACACAUAUUCAACGUAUUGAUGAGCGAGAAGAUCGGCUAAUGGUGCGGAGCAGAGAUUUUAUAGAAAACAUGAUCGAUGAACUUAAUAAUAACGAAUUGGAGCGCAAUAGAGCUAAAAUUCUUGAAAUCAAUUCCUUCCUUGAAUUGAUGUCCGAGUCUUUAGCCUCAUUGCAGAGUGAAAUCCGCGAAGAAAUAAUGAAUGAGGAAGCGUAAAAUAAAAGGGAGUACUCAAGGUUUAUUUGUUAUACUUUUCUAUCUACAUGAUAAAUAACGAAAUUUAAAUACGAAUUCAAAAUAAAUGCGAACAUCUAAUAAUG